AUGGUGCCGUCAGAGACAGAACUGAAGCGGGUUGAUUACUUCGCCGUGACAUUCCUCGUGGACAACUCAAUAGAAUGGAUGACCCGGUUACCCCCUGGCUUCAAGCAUGAGAUGCGCCAACAUCUAUCCGAACAUCCUAUCAUAGAUCCACUGACAGGCGUUCCGUUCCUGGAUCUCGAGAACUACUGUUGCGGUGCCCAUGGCUUCUCGGCUCUCAUCGAAACAUCUGUCGGAGAGGGUACCAAGCACUAUACACUCUUUGACACAGGCCCGGAUUCACGAUCCCUAGUGAGGAACGUGGAGUCCCUGCAUGUCCCUAUUGAGCAGAUAGACCGGGUCAUAUUGUCCCAUUGGCAUGCGGACCAUUCAGGCGGUCUGCUUUCCUUCCUCAGACUACGCCAAAAAGCAGUCGCCGCAGCGGCUCAUCAUGGGAGUUCUGAUAUUCCACAAGAAAUCACGAUUGAUCUCCAUCCGAGCCGUCCGGUCGCUCGAGGCAUAGCACCUCCCCCGAACCAUGAUACAGUCAUAGCUCGACUGCCGGCAGACCCCACCUUCGCAGAAAUACAGAACGAAGGUGGAACGCUGGAUGUGAAUGACGUCGGCCACGUCGUAGCAGACGGUACUGUGUAUGUCAGUGGGGAGAUCCCUCGUAUUACCGACUUUGAAGGCGGCCUCCUUGGUGGGAUGCGAUGGACCGAAGGCCACUGGUUACCAGAAAACCACAUAAUGGACGAGCGCUAUGCUCUGGUUGAUGUUCUAGGGAAGGGUCUUGUCAUCUUCACCGCGUGCUCCCAUGCCGGUGUAGUCAACGUAGUCCGCGACGCUGUGUCAAAAUUCUCCAGACCGGUGUACAUGGUUAUCGGAGGUUUACACCUCGCUGGGGGUGAGCUAGAAAGCCGCAUAGCCCCAACCACGGAGUUCCUAGCUGAAAAAUUGAAGCCUGCGCCCGUGUACGUGCUUCCCAUGCACUGUUCGGGAUUCGCGGCAAAGACGGCUCUCCGCGAAGCGCUUGGGGAAGGCUGUGUUCCUGCAGGCACCGGGAUCAAGUUCGAAGUGAUAGGAGACGCAGAGUUCGACGAACGUCUUCCAAUGCCUAUCAUUGACUGA